AUGAGUCCAGCCGAGAACCCACAAGCCGGGAACCCACAAGUCGGUCCCGCCGAGAACCCACAAGCCGGGAACCCACGAGUCAUGGACCGACACUUUUCCCCCGAUGAAAAUGAGUUGAUAGAUUUAUUGUUCAAGAGAGCUAACACUGGACCUUUUCAGCAUAAUUUUGUCCAUGAAAGGAAUUUCUACCUGCAUCCUCCACAGUUUCUGGCAGAUAAUAAUGUUCUAACAUAUCCUGGAACAUUUUUCUUUUUUACCCUGAUAGUGCACCAUGCUACGGGAAGAGUCAAUCGACGUAUUCUAGAAAGGGGUGGUGUCUGGGUUCACGCUGGUGGAAGUGUGAAACAAAUCACAAAGAAAGGAAAUCAGCAUCGCAGAGUCGUAGGAUGUCUCGAAAAAGUCGACAUGGAAAACUCUGAGGAUGAGAGGAAGACAAGGCUUGGGUCUCUCAAGAAAAAGGCAAUUAAUGCCUCUACCAAGUUCAGGCAUUCCUUGACUAAAAAGGGCAGGAGAAAUAGUAGAGUUAUGUCUAUAGUGCUUGAGGACGAGCGUGAUGCGGAGGAAUUAAAGGCCGUGGAUGCCUUUCGUCAAGCACUAGUCUUGGAAGAAUUACUACCGGAAAAGCACGACGACUAUCAUAUACUGCUAAGAUUUUUGAAAGCCAGGAAAUUUGAUGCUGAGAAAACAAAGUAA